AUGAAAAAAGGACAGAUCAUCUCCUAUGUACAUGCGAUACUGACCAUUGCACUUGCUGUAUUCUUUAUCUACAAAGGCACAGAAAAAUUUGGCCCGGUAAAGCUGCGGGAAAAGAAUGUACUGGCUGGCGUACUGAUGCUGCUGCCGAAAUCGAGAAUGGCCGGGCUGCUGAUGUUGUUGCCCAUCAUCACCAAUAUUUUCCUGAUGCACUUUUUCUUCGACAACAGGGCCGGCCAUGCCGAUCAGACCAGCGCAUCCGGCCAAUACCGGAAUGUAUCCGCCAUUUAUGUGCAUCCCAGUUACAACGUAAGUACCAAUGAAAAUGAUGUGGCCUUGCUGUACCUCUCGGCUCCAUUGUCUUUCAACAAUGAUGUGAUGCCGGUAGAAUACGCUAAUAUGUGCAAUACGACCACCGCAGAUAUUACGCCACCUACCAGUGCCCUGCUUAGCGGAUGGGGCCUUACCUGUAACAGCUGUGGCGUAUCGCAGUUUUUGAACGCAGUGACCAUGCCGCUUACUACACAGACAAAUGCCAUGUCCAUUAACACGGGGUAUAAUCCUGGUUUUACGGCCAACAUUUCUGCCAAUAUGCUGCCAUUCUACAAUCCCGGUACCGGUGCAGCUCCCGGCGAUAGCGGCGGCCCUGCAGUGAUCGAUAAAAAUGGCAAUAAGAUAAACUUAGGCGCUUCCAGCUGGGGGUACUAUCCCAAAGACCAGUUGCCAACC